AGUUUUCAUUGCGUGGAGAAUAAUCGGAUCGGCCACGUUCGCCAUCCAGCGCUCUUUUAUUUAAGUUCUCUCCGUAGCGGCUCGAGUUUGUACUCAGUAACACCGAGUCCGGAUUCACCGAGUCCACAUUUCCUCUCCAUUUCCCCCUGAAAUUUUUGUCGUAAAACCCUCCGUCUCGUAGGGUUCUUGAUUCUUUACGCUUAUCCUUUGAUGUAUUUCGUAUGAAUUUAUAUCUCUGAUUCCAGUUCGUUUUGUGAGAUCGUUGUUCGUUUCGAAGAAGGAAGGAUGGGACAGGCAUUUCGUCGAGCGGCUGGAAGAAUAAAACCGGCUUCGAGUAUCGACUCCUCUGCCUCUUCGUUGAAAAUGGAGAGCGUCGUAGAUCGGAAGCCUCCACCGCGUGCGGCCGAGAAGGCUCGUGAGAGCGGCGCGCUUGAUUCUGGUGACGUCUUGGGAAGUAAUUCUGAAAAUGUGCUCGAAGAACGAGAUCCACAGUUUGAUGCCAUGCUUAGCCAAAUGGCAGGUCGAAUUAGAUCAAAGCCUGGAGGAAAACUUGAGAUGGGGGAGGCUUCUGUGGUGGAGAGGUAUGACAGACCAAUGCCAAGGCUACGAAAUACUGAUUUAAAAUCGAGUAAAUACGAGGAUCGCCCAGCCCCACCAGGAACGCUAAACGUAGCACAGAUGCGCCACAUAAUGCUCUUGCAUGAAGGGAAGGCUGAAGAUCAUGAUGGGCCAAUGGGAGUUAACCAAAUUGCUGAAAGGUAUAAUGUGGGCGUUGCUCAAAUACGGACGAUUUUGCAAUUUUUGUCUCUGCCUCCAGAGGACAGUCUUCGAGACAAAAAGAAGGUUUCUAAAUAACAGGAAUGGAGCCAAGAAAACAAAGAGGCAUUUUCUCCUUGAGCUUUUUAAAAAAUAAAGGUUUUUAUAAUUCUCUUCUAA